AUUCAUUUCAGGAAAAGGAUCUGUUUGCUGGUGUGCACCUGGUGCCAUUGGUCACGGCAGAUGCGUUUCCAGUUAUCCAGAGGCAAAUCCCGGGGUUUCGCUGCUCCUUUCCCACUCUAGACCCACGCUGAUUUCUGGGCAACACGCAGGAAAUUGACUUGUGAAUCGAUUAGUUUAUGCCGGAUGGCUGAUUCGGGUUUGCGCUCAAGUUUACGCAAAGGAAAAUCAACAUCAAUCAAUAGAAGAAAAGGCUCUUAAAUGGCAGAAAUGAUGCGUGGUUUGGGUGUACACGGUGUCUCUGGCUGUGAUGUGACCGCUGCUGGACGUGUUAUGUAAAACUGUCCUUGGUUUCAGUAGACUUGCUGCUCUCCACCCCGGUGCCCCUCAGUCGCUGCGUAAACGGUCCUAGCGGCUGAAAGGCAGGCCACAUGCGCCUUGUUCACUUUGCAAAGCUAAACCGGUGGAGUUGUCGGAUGUUAACGGAUAGCAAUGGGCAUGUUUGAGGAGAGCGGCGGCUGCGGCUGCUCGGUUCAGCACGCUGGAGAGCGCUCCGGGAAAUUGGAGAGGUCGGCGGCGCGGGAUGCUUGAGGGGAUCCGCUGGAGAGGUGAGCGACGGGUGACCAUGCUUCAUCUGAAGCGCUUAAUAACACCAUCUACAGGAGCAGGCUGCCGCAGAGGGGACUUUCCGGAAUAAGACAUGGACUUUGCUGAAAUCAUCUUCGCUUUGUUCAUCGUCGUGGUCGCGGUCGUCUCGCUGCUGUCAAACUUGUUGGUGCUGCUAUGUUUCGUCCACAGCACCGAGAUACGCCGGCAGGUUCCGGGCGUGUUCACCAUGAACUUGUCCUUCUGCAACAUACUCAUCACUGUUCUGAACAUGCCCGCCACUUUAGUGGGGAUCAUCAGGAAGCAGCAGCCCUUUGGAGAUUGCGUUUGCCACACGGUGAGCUUUCUGGAGACUUUCCUGACCGCCAACACCAUGCUGAGUAUGGCGGCUCUCAGCAUAGACCGGUGGAUAGCGGUGGUCUUCCCGCUCAGUUACUCCACUAAGAUGCGCUACAAGGACGCAGUGAUCAUGGUGUGCUACUCCUGGCUGCACUCCUUCACCUUCUCCCUCACGGCUCUGCUCUUCUCCUGGGUCGACUACAGCGACGUUUACGCGUCUUGCACUUUGCAGCCCAACGAGCAAGACAGCGACAGGAUCAAGUUUACAGUCUUCACCAUCGUUUUCCACGUUACUAGUUUCAUGCUGUCCCUUCUCAUCUUGUGUUUCACCUACUUGAAGGUGUUAAAAGUCGCCAGGUUUCACUGCAAGAGGAUUGACAUUAUCACAAUGCAGACUCUUUUUCUGCUGGUCGACAUUCACCCCAGCGUCAAACAAAGAUGUUUAGCUGAGCAAAAGAGGAGAAAGCAGAGAGCCACAAAGAAGAUCAGCAUCUUCAUCGGCUCGUUUAUCGUCUGCUUUGCUCCUUAUGUAAUUACACGGUUGGCUGAGCUUCUUCCCUUUGUGGACAUCAACCGCCACUGGGGAAUCAUCAGUAAGUGCCUGACAUACAGCAAGGCUGCGUCCGACCCCUUUGCCUACUCCCUCCUGCGUCAGCAGUACAGGAAAGUCCUGGUUACUGUCGUCAACAGGCUGCUCCGCCGUGACCUGUACCCUUCAUCUGGCCAUAACAGCUCUUUAGACACCGAGAAUGACUACUGUCUCCAGAGGAUCAGCUAAUGGCAAACACAGGACACGGCAGAUACACACUACAGUCCAAGCCAAAAAUAAAGGUUGCCUCUUGAAAGACAGUGGGAGGAGGAGGUAGAAUUUAGAGCAAGAGACACACAGAGAGAGGACUGGAUAUUGUUAGCGAGGGAAAAGAGAGCAGAAAGAGAGGACACAUGGUGGGUGGAGGGCAAAAAAAAAGGGAAGAUAGUGGGUGGAGAAGAAUGAAAAGACAGUAAUGAAAGGGAGGAUAAAGAGGCUAAAGGGUGAAGAAGACAUGGGCGAGGGAGAGGCAGAUAGAGAGCAGCAGGAACAACGUGAAGAAGUUGGCCUGACAGAUGACAGUAUCGGUAAACAAGGGAGGUGUGAUUCAUCGCCGACAGCAAACCACAAAGAUGCACACACAGAUCAAUUCCACUGAAUCUGUUAGGGUUCAGAUUCAUCUCAAACUGAAAGACCACACAGCUGGAGAUGUGCCCCUCCUCACUUUGACAGAUAUGUAAAAAGUGGCCUUUUGUACUGUACCAACCUCUUUGUAGUUUUGGCACAUCCACAUGAUCUGAUGCAGCCACACCACUGCGACAGAACCUGACAGGCGGUUCAGUGAAGGUUUUCCAGCUUCUGGAUAAUGGAUGUACUCUUAGAUGUGGAUACUCUACUGCUGCACAUUAUUGCCAUGUCCUGUAUUGACCGUGUUAGACUACUUGCAGUGUCAUGUCAGUCACUGAAUAUUAAUGCACUUUGUCUAAUUCUCUCAGAGCUACUGCAGUUACAGGAGCCAAAGGCAACUGACAUUUACACCAUGAUGUUGAAGGGUAAGUCUGGUGAUCGCCUGUAGUUUUUCACAGUCUAAGUUCCGUGAAAUGACCAAAAAAAGUACAAUGUGUUGCCAGCUUUCCCAACUUUGCCUAUUUUUGGAUUUUUUUUUGUCUUUAUUUGAGUAGCAGAAGCUGUCUGAGGGUUAACAAAGCUUGUUAACAAAGCUUGGAAGCUCUAUUUUAUUGCAAACACAACACCAACACCAUUAAGUGGGAUUUUUGGUGAAAGGGUCUAAAUUCACUCUACAGUAGUGGUGUCAAACUCAUUUUAGUUCAGGGGCCACAUUCAGCCUAAUUUGAUCUCAGGUGGGCCGGACUAGUAAAACCAGAGCAUAAUAACCUAGAAAUAAGGACAACUUUUAGUGCAAAAAGAGUACAUUCCACAAUGUUCACAUUUAAUGAGCCAUCUUUAUACAAAAUGAACAAUAUGAAGUUUCUUAAGAAAAAUAAGUGAAAUUUCAACAAUAUUAAGCCUCAGCAUAUCAUUCACACAGUGUAUUUACAAAGACAAAACAUUUUCUCGCACUUAUCUGCAACCGAACAAUACAGUAUUUUACAACUUGCCAAGAUCAAGAAAUGAUUGAAAAUGUACAUUUAUGUCCACAUCUGUGGAGUAAUCCUGACACACCACACAAGCUAAGAGAAAGAAGGUUCGGUUAUCCCACUGCCUUGUAAAUGUAUAACAUUUAUACAUAAAAAAUGCUUAGAAGUUGUGACAAGGGUUCAACCAAACCAAACUCUGUCGGACUGAAGCUGUUCACAUUAUAUCGCACAAUGUUCAAUGUCCUAAAUAUUUUCACAGUAAGGAUUCAUUUAACCAUUCACAUUUUGCAAAGUCGUCCUGCAGGCUGGAUUGGACCCUCUGGAGGGCCGGUUUUAGCCUGCAAGCCGUAUGUUUGACACCCCUGCUUUACAGGCAAUGAUUAAACCACUAACACUCUUUUUGUAUCAAAGUUACAUAUCUGACGCUGGCUUAGAUAAGGCAGUCUCUGCUUCUUUCUUCCCCAACACAUCCUCCACUAGAUGCAGCUCUAAGCGCUGCUCACCUGCAACUCAGCUCAAAAACAGUAAAGCUACUCUGCAUGACACAAUCACAAGCUGUAAAACCAGCGUACUUUAGCCAUAAAAUGAUCCCGAGCAACUGUCAACUAUCCAACACCACAUGUAGGUGGUUUCAUAGAAGGACAGAGGUCUCUUUACCACGUGUUUGCUUAGCCUGCAGAGCUGCUUUGUUUAAUGAACUCUCCUGUGCUUUAAACCAGCAUAUUCUCAAUGCCAGGAGGCAGGAGGCUUUGGACUUCCAAACCAUAAAGAUGCUUCAGAAAUUCUUAACACAUGUACAUCAAAAAAUUGCUUUUUAAAAAUCUGUAACUGUCCUCACAUGUGGACAUCAGUUUGUUUUUGUUUUUAAAAAAAAAGCUUAUUGUACAAAAAAAUAAUAAUCCAUCCAUCCAUUAUCUACACAAUACUUAACUCUCACUGGGGUCAUGGGGGGUUGACUGAGGGUAAAGGCCCUGGACAGGUCACCACUCUAUCACAGGGUUAUAUAGAGACAAACAAUCACACUCACAUUCACACCUACGGACAAUUUACAGCUACCAAUUAACCUCAGUAUAUUUUUGGACUGCGGGAGGAAAAGCCUACGCAUGCAUAGGGAGAACAUGCAAACUCCAAGCAGAAAGAUCGCAGGCCCAGAGCCAGAGAUCUUGUAGCUGCCACUUUCAAAUCUCCCUCUUUGUCCUGGAACUGUGGCCGCAAACAAAACGAAACACCACAAAAUAUAAACUCUAUGAACUCCCGUGUAACUUUAAUAAUAUGAAAGCACACCAUGGUAUAAAAAAUUUAGUGAAUACAAAUCGGAAUGAUCACAGACAGUAUUUGUUGGUCUGUAACCAGAAUCCUUUGAUUGUCGGGUUUGGUCUUUUCAUGGGUUUUGUUCACAACAUUUGAACACAGCGUACCACCAGACUCACCCUUUAAAGUGCGAUUGAAUGUACUAGAUAGCCCACUUUUAUCUGAAAUGCAUUUGUACAAACGUGUCUUUUUUUUUCUCGUUUUGUUUUUGCCAGUUGACUGGAAAAAUAUUUCUAUAGACAUUUACACAAUCUGAGUCUAUAUUUUGCACUGUAAAGUAACAACGUUUUGUCUAGAUGAUUGGGCAGCAAUGUGACGUAGCAUAGGACUGGUUUUAAAGUGCUUUAAAACUAAAACACACUCCUUUGUGUUUGUGCCAGGUUUGAUAUGUGACUUUUUCAGCUGUUCUAUACCUAAACCAGAAGAGCUGCUUUAUUAUUAAAAAAUCUAUUUAUUUUGAUGUAUUUUACUCACAUGUAUUUUUCCUCCUGAAGCCACUUGCUGUUUUUUGACAGUGUGAUUAGCUGUUAGUGGUACAUGUGCAAUAAAAGCUGUCAAUUGUAAAGCCA